UAUGGUUUCAUCAAAAAUAGUUUAUUUAUCAAACAGGCAAUUCGUCCACAAAACAUGAUUGUCAUGACAGCAGUCAGAUCUUUAUCAUAACGAAAGAAAAGACACUGAGGACCAAAGUGUAGGCCAAUAAUAUCAGGAUCUUGUUGGGGAGAGUGGGGUAAGAUGAGCCAUCUUUCACAUUUCGGAUCACCACAUGAAGGCAAUCAUAGUUUUGUCUCUAACUCGUGUAUCUGCAUAUAUUUCAAGAUGUUGUGCAUCCCUGCAAACCAACGAAAUGAGUGUAAACAUAACUGUCUUGAUAAUAUAGCAUGUCAAAAAAAGUGGUCUCCUAUGGUCAACUUACCCCGUGUAUGGGGUAAGUUGACCAUAGGAGCGGGGUAAGUUGAGCCGUAUCCCUUCUACCACCCCACUCUCCACUCCAUGAAUUGAUGCCCAUCUCCUAAAUGAUUGGUCACAUGAUCAAUUUCUUUUACCAUUUCCAAGCAACUGGGGGUGGCUCAACAUGCCCCACUCUCCCCUACACUGAGUAACUUAGAUGUAAGGCGUAUAUUGUUUUGUUGAUGUAAAACAUAGCUUGCAAGGUUUUGUUCUGUCUUGGGUCUUUAGUUUUCAGUGCAAACACAAUCUUAUGCACUAAUCCCAACACUAUCUAACAUACUCUGAUCCUAAACCUGAAAUACUGAAAUCUCAGACUGGAAUCCAGAAACACACAAAGAGCAGCUCUAUAGAUCCUCUCAGAGUCAGUCUCUGAGUGAUUUAAACAAACAAUCAUAACUUCUAUGAGGCAUAAAUAGGCCUUCUUAAAUGGCUCCCAGAUAUCUCUGUAUCUUUCCCAUGUUUUAGGGUGACUGUUUAGCCCGCCAGUCUCCGCCCCUCCUCCUCCUCCUCCUCUGAGUCUAGUUGACCAAAAACUUGCUUGAUAGGAUUCGUGAGUUCGUCUACAUUUUGGCGGCUUAUCUUCAAGAAUUCAACAAAAUUUAACAUCUUUCAAGGUUUGUAUCCUGAAAAAUUUGGUGACUUAAAAUAUAGUUGCGUAUGAAUAAUAGUGAAGUUGUGAUCGUGCGUGGGUUGUUUUGUCGUGCUCGGUGUCUCCCCGCUAUUUUGUAGCUCAGCUUGGUCAGCUAGAGAAAAGAGAGGCCGCCUACAUACAAGACAUCAUAAUAAUAACAACCAGUACUCUAUAUGUUUCAUUUGCGUCCACAGACGGCUGCUCCUGCUGCUUUCUAAUCAUAUUUCUGGGGAGUAAUUGAAGGUAACACUCUCAUGUCAUAUUUGUUUGGGGUUAGCUCUGUGGCUAACAGUGAAGCAAAGCGAGUGUAGGUUCUCUUCUGAUCCACGUCCACACAGCGCGUAUACAUACAUAGACGAUCAAUCCUCUUCAGAGUCCACAGUGCAUUUUCAAGAUACAGUUUGUUAUCAUCGUUUGGUUGUUUUGGAGCAGCAAACAUCGUCGUCGCCGCGUUUUCAGUCGAAGCGUAUUUACCACAGCAGCGGCAGCUCUCGGAAGUCUUGCCAUGCUGCAAACCUUAGCCAGGAUUUCCGGCUCCUUUCCAUUUGCCCUAUACUGUUUUGUUUCCGUUUAUUCUGUUUCCGUUUUUAAAAGUUUUCUUCUCGCCGAGCAAAAGUGUGAUUCAACAAAGAUGGGUUUUUAUACCGGAGCACCGAGUGUUUGUUGGGUAUUUUCGCCGUAGUUUAGCAGGCGGGUAGCAGCGGUUGAGUCAUGGGAAGCCUCGCCCCGCUGUGUAUACGACCUCAAACACUGCAGACAACUUGGUUCACUGUGGAGCAGAUGGAGUGCGCCGCUCCAUUUUUAUAUAAUAAUUUUAUGAUUUAAAAAAACUUCGCUUUAUGUUGUGUUUUAAUGUUUGUUGACAGUUUAUACAAACUAAUGGCCUACCAUUUGGCCUUUAGACGCUUAAGCCUCGCCCCUCGAGUUGGCUAACAUUAGCAGUUGGAGCGUUCAGUGAACUGUACGGGGCGGCGGGUACGGAGUCGACACUGAGAGGCCUUUAUGAGCCCUUAUAACCCCAAAAACCGCUGCUUUAUGUUUACUAUACAAAUCCUAUAAUACAUUUCCACAUUUAGGCUUAAAGGUUUUCAUUUUUUCUCUUAAAAAACUAAAUUGAAGUAUUACAAAGCUUUUUUCUCUACUUGUAUGGCACAUCUCACCCACUACAGCCAACUUCAGUGCUGUUCACAACCAGGAAAAAUAGAACAAAAGACUGAUUAAAAUCUUAAAGGACAAAACUUUUUAAAAUCAUUCAAAUUCUUUAAUGGAAUAUAUUAAAAUAACUCACUAAAAUUGACUUAAUUAAAAAAUAAAGUACAUAGUAAAAGAUUUCAACAGAAAGUUUGCAGUCAUAUGGAGGUUAAGUCAACAGUGUUAUACUUAAAAAGUAUGGUAUGAAAAAUAGCUGUUACAAUUUAUUUAACAUCAAAAAUGUUUUGUUUAAAGAUGUUUUUGGUUGAUAAAUGUGAGUCAAUGACAACCAACUAACAGGUCCCUGAACACUGCCAAAAAGACAUGAAGAUUUAAGUUGAGAGCUUUAUAAAACCUGUUUAUGCUCGUAACUAUCUAUCUAUCUAUCUAUCUAUCUAUCGAUUGAUAGAUUUUUGAUUGAAUGAUUGAAGUUUAUUUUGAACAUGUAAGAAAAAGUAAUAAAAAAAUGAAGAAUACAACAACAAAUGACAAAAAGUUAUUCAUGUUCAAAAAGAAGUAGAGGAGUAGAUAAAUAGAUAAAGAUAGAUAGAUAUAUAGAGAGAGUCUGAAAAUACCCCCCCCCCCCCUUUUUUUUUUUUUUCGGGAAAUAACAUGAAAAUCUUUUUUUUUUUUUUUUUUUGUGGCAGCAGUUUAUCACUUUUGUUCUGGGGGUGGAGGGGGUAAAGAAAAUGCUCACUGUUGCCGUCAUUGUGCUAAAAUACAAAGAAAAUAAUCAAGUAUAAAUACUGUUAAAAAAUGGUACUUUCUUGCAUAAAUUAAAAUGAAUUUUUUUCGUCUUACAGCUUGACUUCUCGUGUAUUCAAGAUGUCAAAAAGUGAAACAGAGGAGAUGAUAGAGAUCGAGAUAGAUGAACGGGAGAAACAAGCAUGCUUGGAAGAAGGGUAAGGGCAGGUCUUAUUUUUACAAGGUACUCAUUUAUUUAACACAUUUAUUGAUCUUCUCUUCUUCUUCUUCUUUAAGUGUUGAGGAACAGACUAUCACUGCAUCAGAUUUGAUCCAACAAGAUAUCGACAUCAAUGAGCCUAUCGGCAAUUUAAAGAAGCUUCUUGAGCCCCGCAUCCAAAUGUCACUGGAUGCAUAUGAGAUCUGCUUGCAGGACAUUCAGGUAAAAGGCUUAUACUGUAAACUGAUAAAACUCAUCAACUUCGCUUUGAUCAUUACUGCAGCGAGUAACACUGGUUCUCUGGCGUAAUGUGAAUCUGAUAUGAAACUGUGAAGUAUGUAUCCCGUUCUGCUUAUCUCUCAUUCUGCUUGUUUGUUGCUCUUCUCUUUUUAGCUUCAUCCUGAUCACAGCCUGUUUGAUCAGGGAGUAAAGACAGAUGGCACAGUGCAGCUCAGCCUGCAGAUAAUAACCAAACCAGGUGAUGAUGAUUUGAAGUAAAGAAAACACAAGAGCAUUUAUGGCCAUUUGUGCCCAAAUAUGAACUUUCUCAUGCAGGCAGCAGACUCAUUCAUUUGUUUUGGGUUUUUUUUUCUUCAUGUUCAGGUGAGGAGAAAUUGAACAUUUUGGAAAUUGUGAAGCCAGUAGAAACAGUCGAGGUGGUGAUUGAUCCAGAUGCAGCAGGAGAGGAUGGAGCUCUGGUAGAGGAGGGUCAGCUCAUCGCCGUGGAGCGAUCUGCUCUGACAGAUGAGACAUCAGAGCAAGUUACACGCUGGGCUGCAGCACUUGAAGGCUACCGCAAAGAACAGGUCCGCUUGGGCAUACCAUAUGGUAAGGGACACUUCAGUAAUGAUGUAUCGAGGUUGGAAAAACAACCCUAUAAUUGAACACGGCUGUAAUUUCUCAAAAAUCUUCUGUCUCUCCUCAGACCCUUUGCUCUGGACAGCGGACCAGGUGAUCCACUGGGCUGUCUGGGUUAUGAAGGAGUUUAACAUCGAUGAGAUGGAGAUUGGCAGCAUUCACAUCCCAGGCCGAGAUCUCUGCUCAUUCAACCAGGAAGAGUUUCUUCAGAAGGUGCCCAACGGCGAGAUACUCUGGAGUCACCUUGAGCUCCUACGCAAAUGUAAGUAAGAUAGAGUUGGUGCAAGUUUCAGAGAGGAAAGUUUCCUGCUCUGAUGAUUAUGAAUCAGUGUUUUAAGGAGUCGGCGCCUCUCUUGGUUUGAGUAUUUUUACUUUAAUACAGAAUUUUCAGAGCUAUCCCUUUAUCUUUUCCUCAGACGUGUUGGCAAGCCAGGACCAAUCUGGAGGGGAUGCUACUGUCACCAUUGAUCAACGUAGGUUCUGUCAAAAACCCUCUACAAAGGAGAGUUGAGCUUUGUGAAACUGUAAACGCCAUUGUUGACUACUUUGGUUGACUUGCUCAGGUUUUGCUGUAUGAUUAUACAGUCUUACCUUUUUUAUUCAGUCAGGGCAAAAAAAAAAAAAAAAGCUAGAUCAGUGCUAGUAUUUAACAAUCUCUACCUUUUUCAUCUGUUCCUCCAGCUGUGCAAAUAAUUCCAGCCCAAGUUAGCACCCCCUCUGCCAUAAAGGUGUUAAAGCAGAACCGGGGCCCUCGGACUCCCAGAAUUUCAGGAGAGGAGCGCAGCUCGCCAGGCAACCGCACAGGUAGAUCUCACUACGCACAGACUAACUGAUGUUUGCUAGUAUGUGAGCAGAAAGCAACCCCAAGAUCUCCAUGCACACCUGACUCCAGCACAGCAUUUUAUUUAGAAUACAAAAAACAGAUAUGUUUUUUUUUUUUUUUUACCGCAGCGGCCGACUGACUGUGUAUGUGACUUUUACAUUAUUUCUCAAUAAAUGGUGUGUUUUCUCUGGUGCUAGGCAACAAUGGUCAGAUCCAGCUGUGGCAGUUCCUGUUGGAGCUACUGACGGACAAAGAUGCAAGAGACUGCAUUUCCUGGGUGGGAGAGGAAGGAGAGUUUAAACUCAACCAGCCAGAGCUCGUGGCGCAGAAAUGGGGCCAACGCAAAAACAAGCCCACAAUGAACUACGAGAAACUCAGCAGAGCGCUCAGGUGUGUGUCUUUUUCUGUUUACAUUUUUAAAAGGGAUUAUUUCAGUGAAUUUGGAUUUAAAAACUAUAGCUUAGUUAAACAUUUUUACCAACUGAGUUGUGGGAAAAUCAAAUAUUGCCCUAGAUGACAAGCCUAUCAAUCUGUGUGUUGGUGAAGAGGCUUUAACAUCAAAGGGAUAUUAUAGCGUAAAAUUAAUUUUGGGUCAAACACUACAUAACACCGAGUUAGAAACCCCCCCAAGAGAUAAAUGUUGCAGACCGCUUGCUUCUCUAGUUAUACCAACUGUAGUAAAGAUAGCAAUAGCAAUACACAGCGAUCUGAGGAGCCAGAAACAAACCUCAACCAAAAAGCCACUCUAUAGCCACAAAUAAUGCUCAGAACAGCACCUAACUUCAUCAACAGUACAUAUGGGGUCCCAGCCGUAGCACUUGCCACCAAACAUCUUUUUAACUUUGCCUAAUUUUUUAGCAAAGAGACUUAACACAACUCACCUACUCUCUUCCAGCAGCCAAUUGUUUGUCCAGUCCAUUACUGACUACAGCGGGGUGAAGCAGCUCAAGGAAGAACAUUUAUGAUCAUCUUUUUAUCGUUUCCUUGAAGUAAUAAUCAUCAUAUUAAACAUUUUACACUGCAGAUACGGUAGUUCUUCUGCCUUAGCGUCUCGGUCUGAUUACAUUUCCAUGAAGAAAUGAUCAUAAAUGUUCUUCCUUGAGCUUUGUCACCCCGUAGCUGUCCAUAAUGGACUGGCCUGAGGAAGAGAGUAGGUGAGUUGUGUUUAGUCUCUUUGCUAAAAAAUUAGGCAAAGUUAAAAAGAUGUUUGGCGGCAAGUGCUACGGCUGGGACCCUAUAUGUACUGUUGAUGAAGUUAGGUGCUGUUCUGAGUAUUAUUUGUGGCUAUAGAGUGGCGUUUUGGUUGAGGUUUGCUUAUGGCUCCUCAGACCGCUGUGUAUUGCUAUCGUGUGGUCGUUACUAAAGUUGGUAAAACUAGAGAAGCAAGUGGUCGGGGGGUGUCUAACUCAGUGUUAUGGUGUGUUUGACCCUAAAUACAUUUUACGCUGGAAUAUCCCUUUAAAUUAGGGAUAUUGGGAUCAUGGUUUUAUAUUUGUUUCAUAUAUACUGUACUUUGAUUCAACACUUUGUCUAACAGGAUACUGGCUUGUAAUUCUCCUUUAGGUAUUACUACGAUGGAGACAUGAUCAGCAAGGUGCAGGGCAAGCGCUUCGUCUACAAGUUUGUGUGCGACCUGAGAACUCUGAUUGGCUACAGCGCGGCCGAGCUCAACAACCUGGUGACUGAGUGCGAACAGAAGAAGCUGGCCCUAAUGCAGAUGCACGGCAUCGGUCAGCCCAUCACCACAGUGACCCUGGCCACCACAACACUAGACAAAGACAGUUAAAGGAGAAUGCUUUCCAGCGCUAACUCUGCUCUCCACAAUCAGCUGGAAACGUAUUCAUCUUCUUCUAUUAGACACAGCUGUGUUUUUACGGCACAGGCAAGCAAGGCUGAUCAGUGUGGAUUAACAACUUUAUCUUUACAGUUUGAUUCAGCUUAGGCUGCGGCAGGUCUUUUUAUAGCUUUUCUCUAACUCUAAAGGAGAGGAGUGUUCAGGACGAGAGGAUGAAUGAAUGUGAAAUGCUAUUGGGUGAUUGUGACUGAAUGUUUGCGUGACUGAAAUUCUUUAUUGAGCUUAUUGUAACAUGUUCCUUGUCUCUCGUUUCCACUGUAUAUACCCGUACGUCACAAUUUUGACUGCUGCAAGGACAAGUGUAUUUUCAUAUUUUCCAUUUAUAGAGACCCUGUUUUGUAUUUGAUUUAGUGUUUUCCCUGAAAACGUUGGGCCUUUUUGUCCAUAAGAGGGAAUAAAGUGUUAAGAUUUUUUCUUAA